UUCUAUUCUCUUCGCUCACUAUAUAGUAUCAGUGGUACCUACUACAUAUUAUGGGCCACCGAUGCUAUGGCGCGGCGUUAAUGGAAUGAAUGGCCUUAUCUCAAGUUGUAUUGCGAUUGACGUUCCCUUGGCAGGGCAUACCGAAUACUACUUUCCGCUAGGUCCGGGAAGUGUCGUCUACAAGGCUAGCUUACGGCCUGGAAUCAGAUUGUCACGAAAUACAGAAAGGGUACGUUGGAGAUGAUAGUUGGUGCAGCGGACGUGGUCGCAGGUAUUGCUCUUGUUUAAA